CCCCACAGAGACUGAGCGAGAGGGACCAGAGGGGGAUUCCACCCUGCAUCAGACAUGCACUGGCAAAAAUCUUCUGCACCUGAGCAGCCCCUGCCGCCCCGCCCUUACCAAGGGGUCCGGGUUAAAGAGCCAGUGAAAGAAUUACUGAAGAGGAAACGUGGCAGCGUUCAAAAUGCCAAGGGAGCUCCUGAAGGCAUGGCGGUGUUUUUCCCCCACCAGUCGCUUCCAACCUAUUCACCCACUGGUCAAGUUUAUUCUGAUUCAGAGUUCAUCACCCCUUCACUGCCACUGAUGGAUGAAGGAGCUGUCUAUUCCGGGUGGCUGGCCCAGCCGUCCCCAGCCACUUUGCAGCCUUUGACCCAGUGGACGACUUCCCCAGAUUACGUGUCUCACGAAACGGUCAGCUCUCCGUACACAGGGGACAUGUUCGUUCAGCCAGUCUGCCCCAGUUACACCCUUGUGGGGACGUCAUCAGUGCUGACCUAUACAUCCCAGCCACUGAUCACAAACUUUGCGGCUAGAUCUGCCUCAACUCCUGCUGUGAUGCCUCAUCUGGACGUGAUUGACCAGCAAGCUCCUCUGAGUUACUUCCCAUGGACUCAGCCCAUCCCAACUUUACCAGCAUCUUCCCUGCAGUACCAGCCAGCUUCGACGGCCCUCCCUGCCCCCCAGUUUGUUCCCUUUCCCAUUCCGGGAGCUGAUCCACUCCCCCAAGCCCUGGAGGAAACCAGGAAGGAGAUGGGCCCUCUGACGCUUGAGAAACUUCUUCAAGAUGAAACAAAUGACACGUAUGAUUUGAACAACAGCCUGCCAGUUGAAGGACUGUAGGACUGGAUUUUUAGCCAAG